AUGCUUUUCCCGUCUCAAGAUGGCACUAUCUCCUCUCUUGCUGCAUUGAGCAGAAAUGCCUCAGUUAUCUCCUCAUCCUCCAGUUCAGACUCAGUCGUUGAAGGCGACCUUAGACUUCUAGCAACUCCUGUUCGUCCGCGGCCUUUGCGUACCUUUUCAUCUCCUCGCUCUGCAAGUCCCUCUAGUCCAGUCACCAGAACACCGAGACCGCCUUCCUAUCUUACCAAGGAAUUAGGACUUGCCGAUGAUCUCCCGAAGAGUCGGGCAGCAUCCAAAGUGAGAUCAAAGUCCACAGUCAGAAAUGAGCUCUCCAUCGACGACUUCGAUGUUGGAGAGACCCUCGGCGAGGAGCUUCCUCAGGUUCUCGAAGCAACGUUGCGGAAAACCGGGAAGAAAUAUGCGAUCAAGGUUUUGGACAAAACCCACCUGGCCAGGAAGAACAAAACCUUCACAGUAAAGAUUGAGCGACUUGCACUUAUUCGACUAGGCCGCACACAUCCAGGUAUAAUAUCACUCUAUUGGACGUUCCAGGACGAAUACAGUCUCUAUUUCGUGCUCGACUUGGCUCCAAAUGGUGAGAUGCAAUCGUUGAUAUCACGAAUGGGGUCUCUGUCCCUACUUUGUUCGAGAUAUUACGCUGCCCAGAUAGUCGAUGCGCUAGAGUACAUGCAUUCUAAAGGUGUCAUCCACAGAGACCUGAAACCCGAGAAUCUCCUCUUGGAUGCCUCGUAUCGAUUGAAGAUUGCAGACUUUGGUACUGCCAAAAUACUCAAUGCAGAUGUCGAAACUGAGCGUUUCGUUGGCACUGCACAGUACAUUGCCCCAGAGUUGGUCGUUGCUAACGAGUCAAGCGAAAGCUCAGACCUAUGGGCUUUAGGAUGUGUUCUGUACCAGAUGAUAUCUGGCCGGUUCGCGUUUUCCGCCCUUUCAGAGUACCUCACGCUCCAGAAGGUUAAGCAGGUCGAGUACACAUUCCCCGAAGGAUUUGAUAACAAUGCCAAAGAUUUGGUUCAGAAGCUUUUGGUUCGCGAGCCCACUGACAGACUUGGAGCCGGAGAGCCGAGUUCCUCUUUGGGCAUGUCAGCUCUUCGUUCCCAUCCAUUCUUUGAGAGUACCAUUUGGGCCACGCUCUGGACCGAACCAGCUCCCCCAAUUGUAGCUGGCCUUGUUCAACGCGAGUAUCCUCUUGAUCAAGGCCAAGACAAGAAUUGGCAAGAUGUGGGUGCGACUUGGGACGCGUUGGUCAUGGAUGAUGAUGUCAGCCCAGUUGGGGAUGAUAUAGACUGGGCUGAUGAUGCAGAAGGCUCUUCGCUCCUUCUGAGGCAGCAUCAAUGUGAUACAUCAAUGUCGCCUGUAGAUAUCUACUUGGUUUCCCAAGUGAUCCCGGGAGACUUAGAUGAAGAACAUCGAGGGCUUUCCGGUUCUGCUGACAGUACAGCUGCGAUGCCCAUUACUAUACCUUCGUCCGUCGCUCGUACAGAAUCUCCACCAUCUGCUUCUCCGGAAAGUUCAUCCGACGGUGACGGAUCUGUCGAGAGGGUAGCUGCUGGUUUACAAACCAUGAAACCUUUCAGGUUCACUUCGGACUACAAUGAAAUUGCUGUAGAGCGUGAACGGGGAAGAAGUCAGGCUCCAACACCUAUUCAGGGAAAUACAUCAUCGACGAUUGAAUUACCCUUGGCACUGAACCCAGAACCCAAUGAAGUGGUUAUUUACCGUUCAAUAGUGGAAGAUCACUCUGCUCGUCGACGUGCAAAUCGCCUUUUAAAACCCAUCCCGGGAGCACAAAUCAAACCCAAGGCUAGAGAAUUAAUUUUGACCAACUAUCGUUUGAUCUGUGUGAAAGCGAAGACACCACCUUCAUAUGCCCCUGUAAAACUGGAGCUUUUUUUGAAGGCGGCGUAUGAUAGAGAAAAGGAAAAGAAAAAGGAUGGCAAAGAAAUUAAGGGUAUACUGGAGUCGGCGGAUCUCAAAGGAGGGCGUGAUUUCAUUGUGAUUUCAUCAAUUAAAACAUUUCAUUAUACCGUGCAGGAUGCGUCAACUGCUUCUGUGUUUGUACAGAGAAUUAACGAAGCCAAGUCUUCUUCAAACUACCCAUCAUGA